GCCCGGAGCCGCCGGCAUGUUGCGGGGGAGCGGAGCCGUGUGCCGGGCCCGCAGCGGAGCGGGGCCCGUGGAGGAGAUCAAAGCCCGGAGGAGGCAGCAGGAGUGGGCUCUGAGGAAAGCACGAAGGGAGAAGCAAUUAAUCAGCAAGAGAUUGCUGAGGGAGCUUCAAGGUGAUGGAGAGGAGAUAGAGAUAAGAGACCCCUCGGUCACUCAAGAGGAGGUCUCACAACUAUUCCAGAGGAUUCAGUGUGGAUCGGAGGAUCGGGUUGCUGCAUUACGUUCCCUGUGCCAAUUGCUGCAUUUGAAGGAGGUGCAGAUGAUGUUUGUUAGGUUGGAAAACAGUAUGCACGUCCUCAUCGGCCUCUUCACCAGCAACCUGGCGUCAGUUCAGCUCGAAGCUGCGCGGUGCUUGCUUGAGCUCUCGCACGCCAAUGAUCCCAGCAUCUCGCUUGUGUGUUUGCCAGCAACACCCUACCUACUGACUUACCUCUCGGGCCAGAGUGCCAAGUUCACGGAGCAGUGUCUGUACAUCCUGGGCAACCUGGCAGCGGAGGAUGAAACUGUUCGGAAUCAGCUGCUGUUGCAAGGUGUGAUCCAAGCGUUGGCAACCUGCCUGCAGUCUCCUCAUGGAGCUGUGGUGGAGGCAGCGGCUUACUCGCUUUCCCAACUGCUGCAGGCCAAGGAAGCAGGAGAGAAGAUUGUGCCGGCUGUUCUGGAAGCCGGCCUGACUCCACGUUUGAUCCAAUUGUUGGAUCUGGAUUCUGAAUUUGGGAUGCAUACGGCUGUGGAGUCUGCCUGGUGCCUGCAUUACAUCGUGAGUAGUGGUGUCAACAGCGAAUGCCUGAUCUCUCAGGGCCUUGUGCAUCAAGCUGUAAUACUGCUGAUAGCUUUGGGCCAUGCCAUUGAUUCAGGCACAACAACAGAUGGUGUGGAAUUGCUGAUUUACCCCGUGGCCCGUUGCUUGGGAAAUCUGAUAGCAAGCUGUGAGGCAGCCCUGUGCAGAGGCCAGCUGCUCGACUGUCGUGUGCUGCAGGCACUGAGCUCAAUCAUCAGCAAGUUCCUGCAGUCGCAGCCGUCCGUGACUCGGGAAUGCCUGUGGGUCCUCAACAAUCUCACCGCUGGCGAUGAACGAUUCUGCUCAGCCAUCUUCAGCCUUAAUCUGCUGCCGGUGUUGCUCCAGCUGAUACCUUUCUCUGGCGGCAUUAACACACUGGUCCUGACGCUGUUGGGUAACAUUGCGGAGAUGGGGUCUGAGCACUGUGAGAAACUACAGCAACAAGAGGAACUGUUUUCUGCCCUUUGCACCUCCCUCAGGACGGCUGACCCCGAGGCUGUGCGCCUGACCCUGGAGGUACUGAAUCUGAUCCUCUCUCACUGUGGGCAGGCCUGCGUGGAGUUUGUAAAUCAAAAUGGGAUCCCGGCCCUCGAGGCGAUUCAGUACAACAGCAACAAGGAGAUCAGAGUCCGAGCCAAUUUUCUGAUGGACAGAUACUUCACAGACAAGGCAGUUUGACAAGCUGUUGGCAUCGGCCAGAAUCGUAAUGAAGUUCACUUGAAGGUGGAAUUAUGGAAAUGAGCUCUUCACCUUUCUCAUUCUCCGGAGGUGAGAGUUGACCCUCGCCCCUCUGCCUCCCCUUCGGUUGAAGGAUUUGAACACUUGCCAGGACCUGGUUUGCUGGCCAGCAUCACUGCCUCUCCCUUGGUGCUCCAACGGUCUUUGACGGUAGAUGCGUGGAUGCAUCAGUUAACAAAAAUCUGAUUUACCCCCUCUCCCUAACCCGGAAAUCUUGGAUAUCGUUUGUAGUCACACCUACCAUCACCUCAUCAAGGUCAACUGACUGAGCGGAGGCUGGGAAUCGAACCUGGGCCCAUUGCAAUUGCACAGUACCAUGUUAUCAAGGAAAGCUUUGGCCAGCAAUGAGUGAAGUCUUCCAGGAGACAGCUUACCUCAUGGACUUGAAUGUGAUUUUGAGAGUAAUGAGUAAACUAUAUUGUAAUGGUUUGUAUAGGGUCUAGGUCUGCACCUAGUUUCACUGCAGCUAGUGUAGGGGUUAAUCAUGCACCAGUUUCAGUGCCAGUAGGUAAAAUUCCCAGAGCUUCUGACGUUCUAAGCACAAAUAAUUUGUCCAUCCACUUCAUGAAUUACUUUGUUCAGUUUAACAAUAACACUGUUAAUGAAACACACUUUUUGGAUGUUCUCUCAGUAACUGUGAGGGAGGGGUACUGAAAGAGUGACCACCCAAAUCCAUUACUCCCAGCAGUGUAAUAAUGUGAAAGUCGACCCGCGCUGUAGUAAAUCAAACAACAGCAGAGCCAAAGGAAAUACAAUUAAUGCUUUAUUAGUUUAACGCUAAGCGGGAGUGGGGGGUACAUGGAGGAGCCAACAGUCAGUGCUGCUCUUCCCUGCACGUGGCCCGACUCAAGGAAUACAGGGUGCUAACAAACUUAAAUACAUUUUUCUCUGGUGGGUGUCCAUAUUUGGGUCUCCUUGACCAGCUCAUGCUACCAUUGGUCAAGCCGAGGCUGCUGUGUGCAGCCAGACAGGUUAACACAUCUUUCACAGUUAGUCACAAACAACCCUGUUUCCUUGUGGCCUUGAGGCCCCACAGCUCAGCAGCUCCUUAUCAGCCAAGCUGACUACACGAGCAGGUGGCUCAAGCUGUUUACCAGUAGAGAGAGCAAGAGAGUAACCCUUUGUUCACCAGAGCUCCCUUCCCAUUGUCUUCUGCAACAGGAUGAGAGUUCAAAUGGAAUGACUGUAAUGCUGUGAGCGAGCUGCAGGCAGGAACAUAAUCCAAGCAAGCCUGGGGAUCCUUCAUUGCAAGGUGGUUUGUUUGGCAGGUCUGCUGCUCACAGGGGAGAUGGAGCUGACCUGUGUACCUCCUCAUCAGUAGGUAAAGCUGGAGCUCAGUCUCCUGCUAUUCGGUUCGGGCAAGAGAAAGGAAAAGACAUACAUGGUGUUGGAUGCACAAUAUGCCCUUGAUUGUAACUUUACACAUUUAUUGUUAAGUUGGGACCUCCCAUUCCACAAGCAAAUAAGGUCAUGUUGAGUUUAUUGUCAUGUGCACAAGUGCGGUGAGGUACAGGUACAAUGAACAUAGUACAGCACAAUACAGGCCCUUCGGCCCACAAUGUUGUGCCGACCUUUAAACCUCGCCUAAGACUAUCUAACCCCUUCCUCCCACAUAUCCCUCUAUUUUAAAUUCCUCCAUGUGCUUAUCUAACAAUCUCUUGAAUUUGACCACUGUACCUGCCUCCACCACCGCUCCAGGCAGCACAUUCCAUGCCCCAACCACUCUCUGGGUAAAAACCUCCCUCUGAUAUCUCCCUUGAACUUCCCACCCAUUACUUUAAAGCCGUGCUCUCUUGUAUUGAGCAUUGGUGCCCUGGGAAAGAGGCACUGGCUGUCCACUCUAUCUAUUCCUCUUAAUAUUUUGUACACCUCUAUCAUAUCUUCUCAUCCUCCUUCUCUCCAAAGAGUAAAGCCCGAGCUCCCUUAGUCUCUCCUCAUAAUGCAUACUCUGAACCAGGCAGCAUCCUUGCUUGAAAAACUGCUUGCAGCAGCAUCACAGGUACAUGGGUACAGACAACACAUAGAACAAAAAUUACAGAUAAAUUAUACAAGGCAGAGAAGAAAAAGACGGUGCAAAAAUACAACCAGAGACAAGUCCACGGUAGUGCAAGAGGUGGUGCGUAGUGUUCCGUUGCUGAGGUACGGUUAGGGUGUGCAGGUCGGUUCAAGAACCUGAUGGUUGAAGGGAAGUAGCUGUUCCUGAGCCUGGUGGUGUGGGACUUCAGGCUUCUGUAGCUCCUGCCCGACGGUAGCAGCGAGAUGAGGGCAUGACCUGGAUGGUGGGGAUCCAUGACGAUAGAUGCCGUCUUCUUGAGGCAGCACCUCCUGUAGAUGCUGUCAGUGGUCGGGAGGGCUGUGCCCGUGAUGGACUGGGCUGUGUCCACUACUCUCUGCAGCCUCUUGCGUUCCUGUGCAUUUGUAUUGUCAUUACAGGCCUUGAUGCAACCAGCCAGGACACCUACAGUGCAUCAACACAAUUUGUCUCCUCCUCCAACAAUGCCUUAAUUUUUAAGAUGUUCGACCUUGCUUUGAAAUCCUUUUGUGGCCUAGUUCCUCCCUUUCUUUGUAAUCUCCACAACCCUUUGCCCCUCACGGCUUUUAACCACUUCACCGUUCCUGGUCAUGCCUCCAACCGCCAAAGUUGGAAUCCACUCUCUCAAUCUCACUGCUUCUGUCCUUCUACAAGUCGUCCCCAUUUAAUGACCAGGCUCUGUUUAACAGACACAAGUCGAUCACUUGAUAUGGUACCCAUAUCUCACAGUGCUGUAAUGAAUGGCAUCAAAAGCACAUAAGACUGAUGAGAGAAUAAUUACUAAAAGUGGAGAGUGAGAGGGAACUAGUUCUACCGUUCGUAGGAAUGAAUGAAUGUUCGUACGUCAGACUUCUGAAUUUAAUAAAUUGGUAAGUUGGUUUAUUAUUGUCAAAUGUACUGAGGUACAGUGCAAAACUUUGUGUGCCAUCCAGACAGAUCAUUUCACAACAUCAGUGCAUUGAGGUAGUACAAGGGAAAACAAUAACAGAAUAUAGAACAAAGUGUUACAGUUACAAAGAAAGUGCAGUGCAGGCAGACAAUAAGGCGCAAGGUCAUAACGUAGAUUAUGACCUUCAAGAUUAUCAAGAGUCCAUCUUAUCAUACUAGGGGACUGUUCAAUAGUCAUAUAACAGCAGGAUAGAAGCUGUCCUUGAGCCUGGUGGUACGUGU